CCCCUGACACCAAAGGAUGAUCCAGCCCCCAAAUAUCAGUAGUGUUGAGAAACUCUGGUGUAGAUAGACAGUGUUGUUGCCCUUUGAACCAGGCAUGCCCUCAGUUCAGGGUCUCCACUGUCCCUACUGCCUGGCUCCUUGUGAAAUCACAAGGGGAAGAAUCUCCAGGACAGCGCUGUCCCGUAGAAACAGAAUGUGAGCCACAUUAAAAAUCUUGAAAAGAAACAGGUGAGAUCAAUUUUAAUAACAUACCUUACUUAAACCAGUAUGUCCAAAGUAUUCUCAUGUCCAAAUGUAAUCAAUAUAAAAGUCAUUUGUGCAAGAGUUGAUAAUCUUUUUUUUUGGAACUAGGUCUUCAGAAUUUGUUGGGUGCCUUGCAUUUAUUUACAGCACACCUCAAUUCAGCCCGGACACUUGUCAAGCCUCCAAAAGCUAUGUGUCACAGGUGGCUGCUGUUUUGGACAGCACAGUUUUAGAGGGUCUUUAAUUUUAGCCUAAUAUCACAAAUGUUGGGGCAUUUGGGAGUUUCUGGAAGGUUUUCUGAAGAAUACUUUCUCAGUUCCAGCUUAUUGCCACACCUAGACAUUUUUUUUUCCCAAGUGUGUCUGGAAUUAUGAAUUUGUGUGUACAUUUUCUGGCUUCUUAAAUGUUGCCCCCAGUAAAACACUGAAAAGUAGCAUGUGGUCCAAACCGAAUACUACUGUGAGUCCUUUCUGGCCCUCUGGUCUCCAGUUUCCAACUGGCUGAGGGUAGCUCAGGGGCUGCCCCAUACUAGGCAGCCACUAGCCACGUGUGGUUAUUUAGAUGUAAAUUAAGAGAAAUACCAUUUAAAAUUCAGGUCUUCAGCCACAAUGGCCACACCAAGGGCACAGUAGCUCCACUCGGCUAGUGUCUGUCCCAUUGGGCAGCGCGAAGGUCAGGAAUUUCUUUUUUGAUAGCUCUGCCGCUUCCCACCUCCCUCAGGUCCUGGGGCUGGGCACAGCAAUAACACCCCUUUCUCCUCUGUGCCCUACCCCGCCCUGCUGUUGCUGUCCCUUGUCUCCCGCACCGCUUCCCUGCUCUUUGACAAUUCCCUGCAUGACUGUAGGACGAGCUGUGGGUGCCCCACAUGCGGCUAUCGUGCCACCACAUGAAGCUCCAGAUGCGGCCUGUGCUGCCUGGCCCUUCUCCGUGGCGACGCGCACAUGCACCGGGGCCCUGCAGCCCGGCCUCGGUUUCCCCCUUGGCACCACGCUUUGUUCAGGCGCCAUCAAUCCUCAACUUCCCUUCAACUUGACGUGAAGAGCCACCUUUCUCCAACUCCACAUUCAGCACCUUCUGGCCUUCUGGCUCUCGGUUUCCCCAUCUGCCCAGUGGGGAAUGCCCCAGCUCCUCAUCUCUGUCACUGGUGACAUCUGGUCUUCUGUGGGCCUCGGUUUCCCCCAUUUGCUGGGUGGGAGAGUAGUGGCUUGUGCCACAUUCUGAUGGCUGGCCUCUGGACCUCGGUCUCCCCGUUUACCCGAUGGACAGAAACCCCCUCCUUCCACUCCCUGCAUCACCGGGCCGGGGGCGCAGGCGGGACGGCCCAGUGGCAACAGGACAGACCUGGGCGCGCCCCUUCCUUCAGGGACAUGGGGCAAAGACAGACCGCCUAGACGGUUUAUGAGUUGAUCUCUGUCGCAGCAGCCGGACAGUUCCUGUCGGGUGCGGAGGGGAGCCGGGGCAGGGGCGGGGCUGUCUCCGUAGAGCCCGCGCCCUCCGCCCGCAGCCGCGGGGCUCACGGCAAACGGGCCGUGGGAGCCGCCGGCUCACGGCCAGCGGAACCUUCGUUGCGGCGUGCGCGUUUCCGGGGGGUGCCCUUUUCCAGCGACGCCGCCGCCCCUCGCGCCCCCGCGCCCGCGCCCCCCGCGCCCGCGUCCCCGGCGCCGCCGGCCCGGAGCUCCCGGAAGUCUCGGUCCCGCCGCCGCCGGCACUCGCGAGGGGAAGCCCGGGCCGCCCGGGACCUCGGCCCGCUCCUCCGGUCCCGAGAGGCCGCCGCAUCGGCUGACACCCCAGAUGCUGCUGCUGCCGCCUCGGCCGCCCCACCCUCGGUCCUCCUCCCCAGAGGCCAUGGACCCACCGCCCCCCAAGGCUCCCCCUUUCCCCAAGACGGAAGGCCCUUCCUCCACUCCAUCCUCGGCGGCAGGGCCCCGACCCCCGCGGCUCGGCCGCCACCUGCUCAUCGACGCCAACGGGGUCCCCUACACUUACACGGUGCAGCUGGAGGAGGAGCCCCGGGGCCCGCCCCAGCGCGAGGCGGCGCCGGGAGAACCCGGCCCGCGCAAGGGCUACAGCUGCCCGGAGUGCGCUCGUGUCUUUGCCAGCCCUCUGCGGCUGCAGAGCCACCGCGUGUCGCACUCGGACCUCAAGCCCUUCACGUGUGGCGCCUGCGGCAAGGCCUUCAAGCGCUCCAGCCACCUGUCGCGGCACCGCGCCACGCACCGCGCGCGCGCAGGCCCGCCGCACACCUGCCCGCUGUGCCCGCGCCGCUUCCAGGACGCCGCCGAGCUGGCGCAGCACGUGCGCCUGCACUGAGGCCCCGACCCGGGCCCCCGGGCCUCGCGAGCCACACAGCGUCGCUCCCACACACGCUCCCUGCCUCUCUGAGGUUACUGCCUUACCCUGGGCCUCAGUUUCUCCAUCUGUCCAAGGGGAGAAACAUUGUUCCUUCCUUACCUUCCUGUCUAGCUGUGUGAUGUAGACCAAGUCGUUGCCCCUCCCUGGGCCUGGGAGCCAGCCUCUGAGCUGGGUUCCGGCCCAGCUGUGCUGUGUGAGCCUCUGCAAGUGACGCGACCUCUCUGAGGCUUGGGCUUCCGCUCCUCCGAGGCGGUGAACGGUUGUCUGCGCGGAAGAUUUGACAAAAGAGCACGGCGCGGUCUGGCUCGUUUCUGUAUAUCCCCCUUCCCACCCACAACCCUCACCCCUUACUCAAUAAACAUUCCACACUCCA